CGGAGCUCCCUGGCCACACGGGGAGUUGGUAUUCAUAGCACAGUGCUAAAUAUGAAGAACUAACAACGGCGUGAGCGAGUUAUUCUUUAUUAGUAUUGUCAUCGACGAUUAAUAAAACAAGCGACCUGUCUUUAAUUUCACGCCAAGGUAAAUCGUAUAGCUGAAGCUGAUUCUGCUGUGUUGUUAAAGUCGGAGAAUGGAGAGCGGGUGCUGUCACGGAUGGUGCGAGACCGGGCUGCAGCUGGCUGGCAUCGUGGAUGGGGCUCUCUGGUGAUAUGAUGCAUUGCAAUAGCAGGGGUACCCCCUUGUGGAUGGGAAGUGUGCCCUGAUCUCCUCUCAUCAUCUCCCCUCCUCCCAGCACCAUGACCUCAAACCUGCAGAGCCUACACUUCAAGCUGCUCCCUGCAGAUGGCAGCCCGGAGCGCAUGUACAGCUGUGAUCAGGAGAUUGAGCGUCGCUAUGAGGUUGUCCCCUCGGUGGUUUGUGCCAUGUGCUGUCUCUUUGGGGUCAUCUACUGCUUCUUUGGCUACCGCUGCUUCAAGGCGGUGAUGUUCCUGACGGGCCUCAUGUUCGGCUCCAUCAUCAUAUUCAUGCUGUGCUACAAGGAGCGGGUGCUGGACACGCAGCUAAGCGUGGAGGCCAGCGCUGGCAUUGGCCUGGCCAUCGGGGUGCUGUGCGGCCUGGUCACCAUGCUGGUGCGCAGCGUGGGGCUCUUCAUGGUCGGGCUGCUGCUGGGGCUACUGGUAGCGUUGGCCACGCUGGUGGUGAUGGAGCAGUUCUACCACCCACCCACAGUCUGGAUCCCCCUGGGACUGCUCCUGGGCACAGGCAUGCUGUUUGCCGUGUUCACCCUGCAGUGGCAACGCUGCUUCACCACCCUCUCCACCGCAGUCUUUGGCAGCGCCAUCAUCACCGUCACGGUGGACUACUUCAUCGAGCUGUCCCUGCUGGUGCAGUAUGUGUACGAGCGUGUCAAGGUGGCCCCCCAGCGGCCUGUGUGCUGGUUCAGCUGGGUCAUCCUGGGGGUGUGGCCCGUGCUCUCCCUGCUCGGGGUUCUGGUGCAGUGGAAGGUGACGGCUGAGGGAUACUCACACACAGAGGUGAUAAUCAGCAGACAGCAGCGGCGGGUGCAGCUCAUGCGGAUUCGACAGAAGGAAGAGCGCAAGGACCGGAAGAAAAAGAAGCAGCAUUACCAACACCAGCACCAGCACCAGCAGAAACCCGUCCCCCAAGAACCAGCUUACCGCAGGAAACCCAACCCAAUCCGCCGCUUCGAUGGGGACGUGCUGUCUCCCCAGAUCCAGUUUCCUGCCACGGUGCGUUUACCUGGUUACCUGGCAACUAAGCCAGGCUCACAUUCACACUAUCCGGGAAAGUUGAGCUACAUCCAGAGUUUCCGGGACAGACAGACGGGGAACCCCCUGAACCUGGGCAGUGUCGCACACACUAUUGUGGACCUGGACUACGAGUGCGGCUCCAUGGUGCCUCUGACCGCCGCGUCAGGACCUGCUGUGCGUGUCUAAAGCAAGACACAAAUGACCUCUGCUCUCUAGCCGCAUGGGGCUUGAUCCAGAGACCUGGUUACACUAAGGAAUGUGGAAAAUGGGCUGUGUGAUUAGGGUUGGACCCACAAAAAAGAGAGAACCUGUGACUGGCUUCCGGGCCUUCUGGCCAUAGCUGCACGUCACUCAUACCCGCUCCAUUUUCACAUUCCCUCUUCCUCUGUUUUGGAAACCUCUGGUGAAGAUGGGUCUCCAGCGAAGCUAAACUCUGCUUACCUGUGUAAGCUGGUUCUGCUGCGGAGGUUGCUGGCCUCUCAUUUGUAUCAUACAGAAUGUCUUCUCUAACCCAUAACACCUCAUUGACAAUGUGUCUCACAGAUGCACUUUCAAGAGUGGAGAGAUUUUCAAAUCUCACACCUACAGCUGGAUUCUCCCCACCGUAUUAACACAGCAAAGCUGGUUAUGCUCUGAAACAGCCUCUGCUCUCCUUGUAGUCUUCUCAUUUGGCAGUUGGGAGUCUAGGGUCUCUCUUAAUCUUAAGCCAUCUCUGAGCUCGACAUUCUAACUCACAGAUACUUGAUAGUCCAGAGACCCUUGAGUCUGAGGGACCUGGUAUCUCUAGGUAUCAUUACAGGGAAUUAUCUAUCCACCGUAUGCCUGCAGCUGCCAUGGGUUAGCAUUCUGGCUGUCCCUUACUCUGGAAAAUCUGAUCUACCGUGCCAUUGAGCAUCUUUUUUUUUUUAAUUUGCUCUCUCCAUAACUGGGUUUGCACCUUCUUUAAAUUAAGCUCUUAAAGUUAUACAGAAGACAAACAAAUAGAAAAAUAAAAUAACAAAGAGGGGUACCCAUGUUAAAUAUUUAGAUUUUCACCAUUUUGGGCAUGACAAAAGAACAAACCAUGUUUGAGCUUUUACCAUUAUUGUUUAUGGCCAAAAAAAAGUGCUCAUUGGGCCUUUGUUGAAGGCAUACCAUGCGCUCACUGGACUUCUGCGGUGACAAAACCAUAAAACACUCAGGUUGUGUGGUAUUGCAUUUACAAAGUAAGAGCUUCCUACUGUGCACAGGGGAGGAAAGGCUGUAACACUUUAGCAGUUCUCUACCAAGCAGUGAUGGCCACAAUUCCAGUCCACACUUACAAUCUGCUCCAUUCAUUCCCAUAAAUACACCUGUUUAGUUAAACCACAGAAUGUUUUUUUAGGGACAGGUUGAAAUGAGAACUUCACUGGAAUAGGCUUUUGGUUCACAGUUUGACUAGUCAUGCUUUUCUUGGAGACCAGCUGUAUUCAAAGCUGUCAUCUAAUGGUCUUACUAAUUUAUUCAUAAAACUGUUCUUUAAACUCGUAUUGGUUUAUUAAACAACAGUUUUUGUUUAAAUAAAAUAGUUGUGAAUAGGGCAGGCCUGCAAUAGAUUUUUUUUUUGUUUCUUUUCAGCCUUUAUGAUUCCGAUAUUAAAUCCAGUUGUUUGUUUGUUUUUUUCACUCAAACUCAAAGCUGCUUCUUCUUUACAAGCCAUGUGCUCAGCAGCAGCCUUUCAUCACAUGAGUGUUUUAUUUGAAGACAGUUAUUAUGGGUUGUGACUGUUUCUCAGAAGCCAUCAAUAAAGGGCACAUUGUGAAGGCUAGAACAAAGCAGAUUGUUUUGCUUUCCCAUUUUCCACAGUGAAAAAUUAUCAAUGAAAACAGCCUAUAUCAAAAAUCUCUUUACUUCAGAUGCUACAAUCAACUGGGCCGGUACUUUCUAGGAAACUUUAUAUUCAAAUGUAUUGGCCAUAUGAGUUUUCUCAGGAAGUCUCUCCAGUUUUGUUAAAAAACCUUUUAAUUUUUGCUGUUUUUUUUUUAAACAAAAAAUGCAUUUGAGCUCGGGUCAUGUUAAGGGGUGCAAGUGGGAGUCGCCCCUCCUGGCCAAAUCCUUAACUGUCUAACUGGGACACUCCUGCACAAUGCCUGGUGAGCACAGCUCUGCCCUCGAGGAAGAAGCCCUGCAGCCGCACUGGCAUCACCCAGCUACGGGGUGUGCUGCAGUACUUGAGAAAGGGGAGGGCCUUUCAAUGUUUUCUGUGGGGGAUUAUGUUGAGGACACUUGGCUGGGCUGAACCCCUAAAAUAUUUCGAGGCGCCCAUUUUUCCAGAUGGGUUUUUGCAUGAUAUUGUGAAUUAGGAGUGAAUUUUGUAAAGUGGUGGAGUUUCAGUCAUUUGAAAAACGUGUCCUUUUUGUACAGACAGCUACGUUCCACGUAAUGUAAAUGUAAAUUACUGGCAUUAAGGGCGACAGUUCCUGUACAUAGAAUUGUUAAUGACUUCUGUACUUUUAUUUUUUUUUCUCUGAGUAGAGGGUUUUUAAGCUUGUUGGCUUUUAGGAAGUUGUACUACUGAGAUAUGGGUGUGUUGAAUGAAAAAGGCUCUCUGGAUUUCGGCUGCUCCAGGGUGGUGUUCCACUCCAUUUGGCCCCUCACUGCUGUAAGGGCCCCUGCUGUCUACGCCUCAGUUUAAAUCAGGUUCAAUGGCAUAGAGGGCCUUUUAUUAAUGAUCUCAAUAGCAGCAGCUGUUAACGCUACCUUAAUCCUACCUGGAAACAAUGAAAUUAGGUCAGUUUUUUGGUGGCAGUAUGAACUGCCGCUCUUUAGAUAAUUAAAACAGAACCCAUAGAGGGAUUUUUUUUAAAUUGCUUAACUAACCCCUGUUGAUAAAAUUUGAAUUAACUUUUAAACUACUCCAAAAGUAUUAUCCCUGUGGAAAUAUAUCAGUUUUAAAUCUGCUGAUUUGAAAAGAAAAAAAUGCUGUUGUGGUCUGCAUAUGCUAAAAUUGUCACUGUUCUUCAGUCAUGAAGAAGAGAACGUUUCUAUUUGACACACAAAUAGAAACAGCAUUUAAGUAACCCGAAAAACCGGCCAUUUCUUAUUUUGACAGGAGGAAAAACAGCUACUGGUUUAGGACUACACUAUUCAUUCAAAACCUUCCUUUUGGACUCUUUUGGACAAUGAAUACAAAUACAUUUGCUUGAAGCUAGUUUAGUGUGUUUCAAGUUAACAGUGUCCAAGGCUGUGAGUAGCUAGUGGACCAGAAUCUGACCAAAACUAUCUUUCUGGAUAUACACAUACAACUGACCCUGGUUAAGACUAAUUGUAAGCCUAAGCUAGGGUGUUCCAGAGCUGUGAAACUAGCCGUUAGACUGUUAACUAAAUGGCAAACCUUCUUUGAAAUAAAUGACUGGCUUAUAAUCUUGGUUGAUUUAACAUUAAGCUAAAUAGUCUAACUGUGAUAUUUACUCCUCAAUGUGUAUAAGAUAUAUUAUGAGCAUUCAUAGUCCUGUAGUUAUACGAUGAACAAAACCCUUGGAGGCUUGUUUGUGGCUUUCCUCAUGAGGUACAUAACCACAGCACCCUGAAUGUUCAUUGAGUAUUAUGUUUACCUAACGAGGAUAAUUACAGAUGUUUAACUAGAAAGUAAUGCAUGGGGUAGUGUAUGAUAGAUGAGAAUGUAAUGCCCACCCAAGGGGUGAGAUGCUACUUAUCCAAGGGAGAGUGGGCAAUACACUUAUCUAUCACACACUACUCCAGCAGUAUUUUUUAAUUUAUUUAUUUUUUAAUCUCUGGGAGCAUUUUUUCCCCCAGCUGAGAAGUGAGCAAGAGAAGACAGCAGCGAGGUGUGGUUGGGGUUCUUUUCAGUCUGACUGCUCACGCUGGGGUCACGCUGUGCUGCUGCUCGUGGAAAUGUGAACUAGAUGAGUCCAUGAAAGAAUUAAUCAGCAGUUACUACACCAAAACUACGGAGCUGAAUUUUCGUCUGGAACAAUGUCUGGUCAAUCUCAUUCUGUUGUUGGAAUUUAGUUAAUGCGAGAGAUUUGGCAAGAAAAAUAUUCACUCAGGAAAAGUAUUCCUCAGCAUGGCUAUGUGAAAGUGAUUUGAUGCUCGGUAUCUCAGCACUUAGUGUGACUGGAACCUCAAUGCUUGUGUCUGAGGAGAUGGUGCAAUUCUGCUGUGUGAAAAUCCUGCACAGCUUCCUUGCGGUUAAAGCUGUUCUGCUGUUGGUGAACCUCACAGUCUGGUCGUGGCCCAGGUCUGACUGGGCUUGUUGGGAAGGAGGGUCUCAGUGAAAAGCGCAACACAUUUCUGAGUAUCCUAGAGGCUUUCAGAUCAUCUCAAUGUAAUCAUAAUUUUUUGUAGUAUCUUAAAGCAUGCUUUUGUAGGGAAUGUGGUUAUGGUGAACAGUCAUAAUUGUUUAGUUUUUUGGGGGGUGGGGGUGUCUUGUGUUUAUAAAAAAACAUUGGAGGGACAAGAGGUUACUCAGGACAUCAUGACUGAGAUUUCAGUGUCCGCAGUUUUCCAGUGCCCCGUAACAAGUGGAACAAAUAUUACUUAUGUGAUACGCUGAAAUGUAUUUUGAACCAAUACAGGAAACAGUUUCUUGUUUUUAACCUAGUAUUUAUUUUCAUUUAUAUUUAUAUUAAUUUGUCAAAUAAAUCUUUUAUUAUAAAUACAUGUAAAUGUCACGUGAUACUAAUGUUGUGCUGUCUGAGAUUCUAAGGAGGUGUAAGUACUGUAUAGUGAGCUCAAUGUAUCAUUUAUUAGUUUAAAAUGUAUGUAUUCAUUUAUUUAUUCAAAAUGUGGCACUGGUGAAGGUCUUAAAAUGAUUGCUCAUUUGCAUAGUCACUGUGGCAUUCAGAAACUUUUAACAUCUCUGUUAACGUAGAUAUUUGUUUAUUUAAAAUCCUUCCUUAAAUCUUGCACUUCCAUUAGAUACUUAAGUCUCAAGUCUGCAGUUUUGAAAGAAAUACAUGUUAUACCAAACAUGUAUUUAAUUUUAAAACAUGAUAUCUGGUACUA